AUGGAUCUCGGGAACCAAGUGUGUAAGCCGUAUUGGGAUGAGUUCGUGAUUAUAUUUAUCGACGACAUUCUUAUUUGCUCAAAGACCAAGGAAGGUCAUGAGCAACACCUGCGAGCUAUCUUGGAGCUUUUGAAGAAAGAACAGUUAUAUGCCAAAGUGCGAAUUUGGAUUCGCGGGGUGCAAAUUCCUAGGUCACAUGGUGAAAGAGGAUGGAAUCCAUGUAGACCCUGCCAAGAUAGAGGCAAUCAAGAAUUGGGAAGCACCAAAAACCACAACCGUGAUAUGACAAUUUCUGGGUUAGCAGGCUAUUACAAACGAUUCAUAGAGGAUUUGUUUUCCGAGUAUUACUCAGCCGCUAAACGUCCCUAA